UUGUCCAUACCUUUCAUGUAAGGUAUAAUAAUUGCUUGCCUGCUGCAUUCCUGAGCUGGUCCUUUACUCUCGAAUUCCAGAUAUUCUUUAAUACUUACUUUAAGCGUGAAACCUCUGAAAAAGAGCAGUAAAGAGAGUUAAUUUUAAUCUUAAUAUUUGCCUUUUCGCGAAUGUCAGUAAUCUCUUUAGUCCACAAAAAUCUCUUUUACCUGUCUUUAAACAUGUAUCAUCUUACCACUGCCUUUAUUUUAUUUUUUCUUUUGCUGUGGCUGGGACGUUCCCAGGCACAGUGUGCAGGUUUGAUCAGGACUUUAUGAAAAGGUAGUGACCAGAUGCCAGACCAUAGGCAGUACGAAUCCAAGAGGAAGCUAUGAAAAUUGCAGACAAAGUGCCAAAAAAAAAGGAAGUUGACUGACUUUUGUUGGCAAUAGUGUUUACAAACAGUACAUGACUUACAUAUCAUAUUUUUAAAAUAUCAUAAGUGUUCAGAAACUGUCAGGAACUAAAUAAACCAAUCAACUGACUAAUCUAAAUCAAAUUUUAAGUAUUGUGGAAAAAAAUCUUGGAGCACCUUAUUUAGAAGACAAUAUUUUAGACACGUAAUGCCUUUUUGUUAUCCGGUGUGAAGGUACGUUUCUCCUAAACAGAUCACACUAACGAACGUCACUUUGCCUGCCAACAAGAGUAAUUAAGUGCAAAGCAGCAGUUAACAAUCCCACUUAAUCCUGUCAAUGGUUAAAUGUAGCUGCUGUCUACCAGAAGUGAUCCAGGAAAGAAUGUAACACUCUUUUUUUGUUUUUGUUUUUUCUGGAGGAGUGCUUGUAGAUUAAUUCUGAUAUUUUAAUUGGCUGUUGGUACUUGUUCUAAAUUGACCAGCUGUAGUAAAGUUACAUCAGCUUGCCAGGUGUCACAAUAUUAAUAAUUUACCUCUGUGACUGCUUUCUAGAUUUCUCAUUGUGGUAGCAUCAUUUAGAAGCAAACACAAGAGAUGCUAAAUAGUUUUUUUAUGUUUUCCUCUCGUGGGCUCUGAAUCGAUUGUGGUCCUCAAAUCACUCUCUCUCACACAAAGCUUCACAGACACCAUAAAACAAUUUAACAGCUUUUAUCAAGUGAUCAGUGGCUCCUUUGACCCUCUUUGUUUGUUAUUACUGUUAUGGUAUUACCCAUAUCCUCCUAAAAUCAGACAGCAUGUCUUUCCACAACAAUAUUGGCUACUUUUUAAAAUGCAUCAGCCAUAUUUUUUGCCACAUUUUUGCCAAAGCAGUAUGCACAAUAUCAGCCGAGGAGAUGAGCCAGUGAUCUCAGAUUUAGGAAACCCUCGGGAAUAAUUACAGUCUUGACGUCUUGCUCCCUGCCCUCUUCAACACAGCAUGUGCCAUAUCUCAGCUAACAUUCCCUUUGAUGGGAUUUGUUCCUCUAAAAUGACCAGUGGCAGGAUUUACAAGUUAAGAAAGCUCAGGGGCUUUAUGACUCUUGCGUCACAGUUAUUAGUGCCCCUGGGAUCCCCUUACCCAGUAAGCCACUACCUUCUGCUACCUGGAAGAAGGAGAGAGCUGCAGCUUCGGAUCUGUGUCCACAGAGGGGUUUUGGAAAUGUCUCACUAGGGUCUGUACCGCCACAUCUUCUGGAGGUCACCUUAACAUCUCUGCUGUACCUGUCUGAGAGGAGCAUCUUUGUGCAGCUACACAAGGGAUUGUUCAUCCAAACUUGGACACCAUGGCAGACAAAGACACUGUAGAGAAGUUUCUUGAUAACAACCCACAGGUUGCGAAGGAGUACUACGAAAAGAAAGUAAAGGCAGAUGUCAUCACUGCUGCCUUCAACAACCAGGUCCAGGUCAAGGACCCAUCCUCUUACAAGGAUGUCACCACCAUCCAAGAGGCCGAGUUCAUUUUCGAGCUCAUAAAGGAGAUGCAGUCCAACACAGUGAUGGAGAAAACCCUGCAUAAAGUUCUGCAGAGGAUUGCUCUGCUGGUCCAGGCUGAUCGCUGCAGCUACUUUAGCUACAGGGCUCGUAAUGGGACACCUGAGCUGACCACGGUCCUCUUUGAUGUGUCACACAAUUCUCCAUUUGAGAAGAAUUUAGUGAAUCCCAGUGUAGAGAUUGUUUUUCCAACCGACAUGGGGAUUGUUGGCUGGACAGCGCACUCCAAGAAGCCACAGAACGUUCCUGAUGUUAAGAAGGACUCACAUUUCAGCGACUUUGUGGAUAAACAGACCAAAUACACCACUAAAUGCAUGAUGACUGCUCCCCUUCUGUCUGGAAAGGAACCCAUCGGUGUUGUCAUGGCACUCAACAAACAAGGGGCUAAUGAAUUUUCAAAGAGCGAUCAGGAGCUCUUCAACAAAUAUAUAAACUUUGCCUCUGUGGUUGCUCUCCAAGCCUACACUUCUUGCAUGUGGGAUGUAGAGUCCAGGAGAAGCCAGGUGCUGCUGUGGUCAGCAAGCAAAGUUUUUGAAGAGUUGACGGAUAUUGAGAGGCAGUUUCACAAAGCCUUGUAUACAGUGAGGACAUACAUCAAGUGUGAGAGAUACUCUGUGGGACUCCUGGACAUGACCAAAGAAAAGGAAUUCUUUGAUGAGUGGCCAAUCAAACUUGGAGAACAGGAGCCAUACAAAGGCCCCAAGACACCUGAUGGCAGAGAAAUCAACUUCUACAAGAUUAUUGACUACUUGCUGGAAGGCAAAGAGGAGAUUAAAGUUAUCCCCGGCCCUCCUGCCGACCACUGGGCUCUGGUCAGUGGACUCCCAUCAUAUGUGGCUGAGAAUGGAUUUAUCUGCAACAUGAUGAAUGCUCCAGGAGAUGACUACUUCGCAUUUCAGAAAGAAGCAGUGGAUGAGAGUGGAUGGAGGAUUAAGAACGUCCUCUCCCUCCCCAUCGUCAACAAGAAGGAGGAAAUUGUUGGUGUUGCCACUUUCUUCAACAGACAUGAUGGCAAACCAUUUGAUGAGAACGAUGAACAAAUUACAGAAGCUCUGACCCAGUUCCUUGGGUGGUCCACUCUGAACAGUGACACAUACGACAAACUGAACAGGACAGAGUGGAGGAAAGAUGUAGCUCAGGAGAUGCUCAUGUACCAGACAAUGGCCACACCAAGUGAUGUGCAGACCAUUCUGAAAACUCAAGACAAGUUUGGCUCUGCACCAGAGGACUGUGACCAGAAGGAGAUGUACAAACUGUUGAGAGCCAGCAUCCCUGAUGCCAAGAAUGUGGAGCUGUUUGAGUUCCGCUUCAGUGACUUCCCCUUGUCAGAGUUCGAACUCAUCCAGUGUGGCAUCCGUUGCUUCUUUGAGUUGGGGGUGGUAGAGAAGUUCAAAGUCCCAGCCGAGAUCCUGACACGAUGGAUGUACACCGUUCGCAGGGGAUACCGUGACAUCACCUACCACAACUGGAGGCACGGCUUCAACGUUGGACAAACCAUGUUCACUCUGCUGCUAACAGGUAAACUGAAGAAGUAUUACUCCGAUCUCGAGGCCUUUGCCAUGGUAGCUGCCGGAUUCUGCCAUGAUAUUGACCACAGAGGAACCAACAAUCUCUACCAGACAAAGAGUUUAUCCCCACUGGCUAAACUGCACAGCUCCUCAGUUAUGGAGCGGCAUCAUCUUGAGUACAGUAAGACGCUGAUGGAGAAUGAGAAUCUGAACAUCUUCCAAAACCUUCAGAAGCGUCAGUUUGAGACAGUGCAGCAUCUGUUUGAAGUCUGCAUCAUUGCCACUGAUCUCGCCCUCUAUUUCAAGAAGAGAACAAUGUUCCAAAAAAUUGUUGAACAUGUGGAGGGGAUACCAGAGGAGAAAGAGAGGGUUGACUACAUCUCCAACAAUCCAACCAGGAAGGAAAUUAUCAUGGCGAUGAUGAUGACAGCUUGUGAUCUGUCGGCCAUUACAAAACCAUGGGAGGUUCAGAGCAAGGUUGCUCUAAUGGUGGCAGCAGAAUUUUGGGAGCAGGGAGACCUUGAAAGGACGGUCCUUGAGCAGCAGCCUAUUCCCAUGAUGGACAGAAAUCACGCAGAUGAGCUGCCUAAGAUGCAGUGUGGUUUCAUCGACUUUGUCUGCGCCUUUGUGUACAAGGAGUUCGCUCGCUUCCACAAAGAGAUCACCCCCAUGUUCGACGGACUGAAUAACAACAGGGGUGAAUGGAAAGCUCUCGCAGACGUCCGUGAGGCCAAGCUGAAGGCCAUCGAAGAUGAGAAGAAAAAGCUGGAAGGCGGAGGCGAACAAGAAACCGGGAAGUCGAAGACAUGCGCGAUCUGCUAGACCUGCAAGACUGUCGGGGCAUUUAUGAAUGUUUGUCUGCAUGUGUAUUUGUACAGUGUGUGUAUGUGCAUGAGCAUGUGUUCACAGAUGAGAGAAUUUUAAUGUGCAAAAAUCCCUGAAAUAUUUUUAUAUACUGUGUAAUGUUUAGUUCUUCUAUCCUCUGAUACAAGGAGCUGUUUUAAAUACUUGUGAAAGGAGUCUGAAAGCAGUAAGAAAAAUGAUGUUGCUGCAGGUUUCAAAGGGGUAAUUGGCACCAGUUUGAGCCCAUACUGUUGUAUGUAAUACUAUGAAAACAUUCAUUAUUCUUGUAUAUACUCAAAGAAUUUAACUUUGAAUCAUUAUAACUAUUUACUGUAUAAGGACACUUAGCUCACGUUCUUUUGCUUUGUAAAUGAUAUGAACGGAAAUAUUAGGCUGCAAAUAUGAUGCAGUUUGAACUGUUAUUUUUUGGAAUAUAAAACUACAAUAAAAUGCUCUUAUUUUGUAGAGGAAUAAUUUACUAAACAAAAUAACUAGUUGCCUCUUUAAAUUACAAGUAGUGCUUGUAAAAAAUUCAAGCAUAUGUCUCUGGCAAAUGGGUGAGAGAUGUAAGAAGAUUUAAGUGAAUUGGAUUUGGUUAUAAGCCACCUCGAGCCCCCGAGGCUUUCCUUUUUAAGUCCCCUGCUUACAUAAAGUAAAAAUACUGCCGCCGGGCUCAUAAGUCAGCUUCUGCAUGUGGCAUUUACAGGACAGGAAGGUGUCAUGUGGAAACACUGUGCAGCACACCGAGUGAAACCCAUCAUGUAUAGGAGAAAUGACAUUGUUUGAGUGUGAAACAACACAUCAGUCGUGAUAUGUUGUGAUUUCUUAAAGCUGAAAUAUUGAGAUUUCUCAAAACAGACCUUGUGACACGGGUAGCACAUAGCAGUAUGAUGUCAGAUUGUAUUUUCUGAAGCAAGUGCUUAGCAAAUGCAGGCUCUGCAAAGA